ACCAUGCUGACCUUAUCGCACAGUGGCGACGAUAUGGCGAAGGCCCUCGGAGCUCUAACGAUCUCGCGAACGCCUCGGGAUCAGUUUUCGGAAAAGGGCGUCAUCAUCAGCGAAGUCUUCGAUGGUGCAGAAUGUGACAACUGCCCGGACCAGUGUCCCGGAUUUGCGCCGCAUGCCUGGAGAAAAACAUGCCAGGAAUGCAAGUGCCCCCGAGAAACGCACGCCGUUUACCACGAGCAGCUGACGACGGUCCGGGAUCGGCUCGGUUUCAAACAUGAUACCAAUACCUCACGCGUAGAUCCACGCCAAAUGGGCUACACCUGGGUACCGCCCGGUAUUCUGACUUCGGCAAAGAUUCAACGAUACUUCGAUGUGAUACCACCGGAGAAGGUGCCCAAGAUUGGCACGCAAGGUGAGCGGUUCCGUGACAAGCAGUUAGUGUACCAGCUGCCAAAACAGGAUCUGGCGCUCGAUUACUGCAAGCACGUCGAAGAGCAGCACCGCGGCUCGUAUGAGGACUUUGUGGCGGCACGGAAUGAGAUUGCCCUAGACAUUGGGUAUGUGAAAGACACACCGCAGACGACGAAAUGCGCCGGUUGCAGCGAAACGCUGAACCAGGGCGAAAUGGCUGUGACGGCACCGAAGUUUCGCGAACAGACCCUCUGGCAUCCGCGGUGCUUCAAGUGCACGACCUGUGAUGAGCUGCUAGUCGACUUGACAUACUGCGUGCACGAUGAUCAAAUUUACUGCGAGCGCCACUACGCGGAAAUGCUUAAGCCCCGAUGCAGUGCCUGCGAUGAGCUUAUUUUCAGUGGCGAGUACACCAAAGCCAUGUCGAAGGACUGGCACUCGGGUCACUUCUGCUGCUGGCAGUGCGACGAAAGCCUGACCGGCCAACGGUACGUUCUGCGCGACGAGCACCCGUACUGCAUCAAGUGCUACGAGAACGUGUUCGCCAACGUCUGCGAGGAAUGCAACAAGACUAUCGGUAUCGAUUCGAAGGAUCUCUCGUACAAGGACAAGCACUGGCACGAAGCCUGCUUCCUGUGCAACAAGUGUCGCAUUUCGCUGGUGGAUAAACAGUUCGGCUCCAAGGCGGACAAAAUCUACUGCGGUAACUGCUAUGACGCCCAGUUCGCGUCCCGCUGCGAUGGCUGCGGCGAAAUCUUCCGUGCCGGCACGAAGAAGAUGGAGUACAAAACGCGACAGUGGCACGAGAAGUGCUUCUGCUGCUGCGUGUGCAAGACCGCCAUCGGCACGAAGUCGUUUAUUCCGCGUGAGCAGGAAAUCUACUGCGCCGGCUGCUACGAGGAGAAGUACGCAACCCGUUGCAUCAAGUGCAAGAAGAUCAUCACCAGUGGCGGCGUAACGUACAAGAACGAACCGUGGCAUCGUGAGUGCUUCACCUGCACCAACUGCCAGGUGUCGCUUGCCGGCCAGCGCUUCACGAGCCGCGACGAGAAGCCCUACUGCGCCGACUGUUUCGGCGAGCUGUUCGCGAAGAGAUGCACCUCCUGUACCAAGCCAAUCACCGGCAUCGGCGGUACGCGUUUCAUCUCGUUCGAGGAUCGCCACUGGCACAACGAUUGUUUCAUCUGCGCCAUCUGCAAAACGUCGCUGGUCGGACGCGGUUUCAUCACCGACGAGCAGGACGUUAUCUGUCCGGAGUGUGCCAAGCAGAAGUUGAUGUAAACGUGUGCCAGGCCUCAACCUCGGCAAAGCCAUCCGCAAGCGGUUCACGAUCAUUAUUGAAAGAUUUCAUCGAGAACACAUUUCUGUACUCUCCUCCCCCACACUCAUUUCCCAGUGCAUUCAGUUAAGUUAAAAAAAGCGAGAGAAAACCAUCCUGAAAAAGGGUCCGAAUGUGCUUAAUUAAGAAUCCACGAAAAGGAUGAUACACUUCCUCCUUCUUUCAUAUCCUUCCCCAAAGGCAUUCACAUGAACAUUUCAGAACCGUCCAUGUCCAUUUGCCAGAGCAAAACAACAUCCGCAAAACCCUCCUACAGACAAACUCCACUCGAACCGCUUCGACUUUUCUGGUUCAUCCCUUAUCUAGGUUGGGCUUCUGUUUGUCCCAUUUUUAUUUAUCUUUUUUUUAUUUUGUUAAACUUUGACGAUAGUGACAGGAACAAGCAUUCGAUAUUGUAUUUGUCCUCAUCGAUAAGACGUAUCUGUAGAGACGGAGCGCACUAUAGAAGGAGAAACAAAUUCACAUGUAGCAGACAUUUAAAUUAUUGUGCGUUUUAACCGUUUUCUUUCUGUGCAAACAACAUGUUUCAAGCAUAAAGCAGCUUGUUGAGCGUAGUAAGAUACCAUUAUAGAUAGAACUAGAGCGAACGUGAGAAAGAACAAGUGAGAAAGGUGUAGAGAAACCGCGGAGUGUGUACGUGUUGAAGGAAGUGAAAGUUAUAGAAGAAAGCAAUGUUAGAAGCGCGAGAUGUAGAAUGCGAAAGAAAUGAAGAAAAAUGAAACAAGGAAGCGAAGAGGAGAAGAUGCACGUGUGUAAGCAACGAACACAGUAGCGUAGCAACGGCCUAUAUUCACUAAAGUUGCCUUUUACUAUCAUAAAACAAAAACAAGCAAACACAAAAUAAUCACUACACCGAAAGAAUAUGAAUCGAUCGUUGGGAAGCAACAUAUUAAUGUUUAUAUAGUAGAAGUCUGUUUGGCUAAGGGUUGAAGAUGAAAGCAUAACCCCCUUAUACAUAGCUAAAGCCGCUUUCGUUGGAGGAACCGAAGAAAGCAUGGGCACAACUGGCGACGGUUGCUAGAUAGAACGAAAGUUACCGCUUUUGAAAUCGAUCGUCGUUUUCAGGCAAGAGGAAGAAGUAUUGAAUAUUUACAGCAGCAAAAGGGACGAACCUGUCAAAAUCCCUCAUCAAUUUGCGUGAUGUUUCUCUACCUUUGUGUUCUAGCUAAAAAAAUAUAUUUUCAAUUCGAUGCUACGAAAGUAACUGCAAAAGAAUGUGACGCACAGAAAGUAAACCCAUUAUAAAAAAGCAACAAAAAUUGAAAGUUUGAAGUAAAAGUAAUAAAAAACUAUUGGUGGCCACGGACAGGCACCAAAAACAGGGCAUAAGAGACAAAAGCGCACAUACAUACAAACUAACGACAAAACGCGAUUCCUAUGGGUCGCUGCUCCUCGUCUCGUUUCUGUUUCUAGAGUAUACUACUGUACAUUAGCGGAAGCAUCCACGUUUAACCAGAAUCGUUUCGUAGUAGACGCAUAUUUUCAUCUUUUAAAUUAUUUAUUCGUUAACCAUACUGUUCACUCUUCAUAUACGGUGCGUAAAUAAGCAAAAAUCGAAAUAAAAGUUAAACCUAAUAAAGUAAUAAAAAAAAAUUAUAUAAAACGAGCAAUACGACAAUUACAUCACGUCCUCUGAUUGUGUCUGUCUGUCAAUUUGUUAUGUCUAACUCCCCGUGGUGGCAGAAUGUGACAAGUUGAACGCCAUUGUUGUAGGUAUUUUUUGCUGCCUGAAAUAGUAACCCAAAUGCGUCCUUGUACUAACCAUCACGCUUGUGUUUGAAAUGCUUUUUAAACGUAACUCUAAUGACAAACACCUUGCUCGUUGUGUGUUGCGCUUCAUAAAACAUUAUUUAAAAAAAUAAUCAAAUUGAAGAAAGCUUAUUAACAACCAUUACCAUAAAUGCGCGUGCAUUGUUAUGCGAGAGCCUGUGAACAGAUAUGGAACAUUUAGUAGAGAUUAAAAAUAGUUUACAAACAACUAAACAACUGUGGCCUUUCUGUAUAUUGAGAGAUUCGUAGUUCUACUGUACAGUGUAGCGAAAAUUGUGUGGUAUUUAUUAAGGGAUUGUAAAACACAGGCAACCACAGAACGUACGAUUGAUUGUAGAACAAAUGUAUGUAUUCAGGAUACAUGGUUACUGGAGCUCUUUGGAGACCCAAACAGCAGUUCUCGGUAAUGGUAGACCGAGCCCUAUGAUUGAAAUCGCAUUGUGGCUAAAUACUUAUUGAUUGUAGCGAUUCCAAUUUUGAAUAAACAAUAAACAGACUU